AUGCCAGUUUUGCGGAACAAUAAGUCUACCGAUGCAAAAGCGAAAGGCGCAAACUCGUCUGGGAUCCAGAAAAACAAAGGCAAAAUCAACAAGCAAAAAGUAGAGAAGGGAAAACUCCUCGAGCAGAAAGCCAAGGCACAGCAAAGCAGAGAUGCAAGGCAAAAAGAUCUCGAGGCUCUUCGGCAAGAAGUCGAAGAUAUCCAAUCUCGCUUGAAAUCGGAGGUUUCCGAGGAUUCAAAGCAUAGACUCGAGGAUGAACUCAAAGAAAAGCUCGCCCGCUGCCAGGGAGCCGAACAAUCAGUUGGAGAACUGAACGAAUCGAUCGAACAAAUUGAAGACGAUCUGAUGGAUAUUGAUGAAGAUACCACUCAAGAGCCUACGCAUAUCAAUGAGACCCAAGCGAGCGAUACGAAUACCAUAGAAGUUCAAGAGAAUGAUGCAAGUACCAAUGAAACUCAGGCAAGCGAUAUGAGUACCAAUGAGACUCAGGGAAGCGAUAAAAAUACCAAUGAGACCCAGACAAGCAAUACGAAUAACAUAGAAUCUCAAGAGAACGAUGCAAACACCAAUGAAACUCAAGGAAGUGAUACGAGUACGAAUGAAGAUUCGCAGCUUUUCGUCAAUCAGAUGGAGUCGUCGUUGAACAACGAAGGUCUAGAUCAAGAAGCAUUGGGCCAACCUAAAGAUUAUAAAGACUAUAUUUUUGUUGACUUGACAUUGGAUGACGAAGAUAACCCAGAUCAGCUAUUUGAAGACGGUACGGUAACUUUGAAAAAGAAUUCGCGGAGCGGACUUAGCUAUCUUAACUCAUAUGGGCCCAGAAACAGCGCUAUGACUAUUUGGAGCUCGAGUGCAGCCCCCAAUGAAGUGAAAGAAUGCACAUAUCUCCAAGGCGAUCCUCACCGGAAAGCAAUGGAUCCGGACACAACCGGAAAACUCUUGUACAAGUGCAAAAUUGGCAAGAUCAAGAGAGUUGCCUGGCAACCCAAGGAAGAAGGUAUUACCAUGCUGGACUUAGUGGAAUCAGUGGAAGAGUUGAAUCCCGAAAUCAAAAAAACAAAUCCAAAAUACCGCUAUCCACUCACCACGGUUCUUGUUGACUGGAAGGCGAACAUCGAUUUGCCUGAUGUUUGGAUUAGCCGCUCGGAUUGCAAGAAAUUGAGUAGCUCAGCGGAAAGUACGAAAAUAGAUCGAAGAAUCUAUGCGGUGGCUUUGAAUCAAGUGCGAAACUACAGAAAUUGGGCAGGAAAGCGGCUUGACAACGAAUGGGCAGGAAACAAGAGAGAAGGAAAAGAUCAAAGUCCUUCUAUCCCUCCAGAAUCACCAGAGCCCGAGGGGCAAAUUUCGGCCGAGGCUCAGAACAACCAGGUUCAGAACAGCCAGGUUCCGAACAACCAGGUUCAGAACAGCCAGGUUCCGAACAGCCAGGUUCCGAACAACCAGGUUCAGAACGGCCAGGCUCAAAACGACCAGGCUCAGAACGGCCAGGACCAGCAUUCCCCCAGCCACGCUAUAUUGAGCCAUGGCAACGAGGAAGAUGCCCAGCAAGAAUCUUUCAGCGAAGAAGCCAAUCAAACGGAGAACAUAAGUGACUUCUACGAGAUAUUCAUGGAGAAAAAAGAUCUUGACCCAAAUACGCCUUGGAAAAGCAUGGACAAUGCGACUUUUGGUGAGUUCGUAGCGGCGACAAAGAGCUAUAUCAGGCAUUCGAAGGAACAGAACAUCAUUGUUCAGGAUGACAUGAAUUUUGGAAAGUCUUUCAAAAAAUGGAUAUAA